UCCAACUUACAAGGCUGCAAAUCAACGUCUUCUAACCUCCCACCUCCCAGUUCCUCAAACUCAAGCAAGGCCAGCUCCUCUCCACUUCUCUUCCCUGAGCUCCUGUUCAGCUUGAAGCCCUGGUCCAGCCAACUCCAGUGUGUUAACUCUGGGCCUAUCCUGAGGCUGGCCCUAUAGGUGGAGAGAAGUGGAAAAGGCCCUGCCCUGUCACUCUGUCCUUACACUCUGAAGAUCAGUGGACCCCUUGACAGGAUGCUGGACGCCUGGAUCUGGGGCACACUCACCUUGACCUUUGGCCUGCUUUCCAGUCUCCAAGGAGUAAGCUUCAAUGAGACUGUAAACACAUGUGACAUCUUAAACUGUACCAAAGGAUUCACAUGCUGUGACAAUGGAUGCUGCCCUGAAAGAAAGUUCUGGGAUCUUGAAAAUAACCGCUUUAGGCUUGUGAACAUCAUCCUGUAUGCCAUUAUACUCGUUUCGUUCAUCUGUGUCCUACUGAGGCAUUUCUAUUUGAGGUGCACAGAUCUACAGCAUGACGUCAGAACAUCUGAUCAUCAGACUCCUCCAGAACCGCCCUCCAUUGCUCCCCUAGAGAGCAUUUGGGUUACCUCCUUGGAUCCCCCACCACCCUACAGUCAGGUUGUUCAGAUGCCAACUCCCACAGAACCACCUCCUCCCUACAGCCUCAGGCCUGAGGGCCCUGCUGGCCAGAUGAGAGGGCGUGCCUACGCAACCCUUUGAGCUUCCUUACACACAGCUCUCGGAUCAAGCCCAGAACCCUGGAAUGACUGCCUAUCCCAUCAUGUCUCUUGUCCUUUGAUUUAAUUUAUUGUUUUUAUACACUGCUGAACCCUCCCCUUUUGUCAUGAGAGCUAAGCUGUAUCCAUUAUCUCUGUCCACACUAAGACUGCUGACAUUUUUAAGAAUUGGGGGUAGCUGUAGUAGAUGAAGAGAGAUUAUUGCUAGUGGACUGCCAAUUUUGACUGGACAGCUUGCUCUGACAUCUUACAGCAGCACUUCUGUGCCUGGAAGAGAUUGAAGAGUGAACUGCACAGACUCUGAGCCAUCUUCCAACCAUGCCUGGGCAGAGAAGACCUCACUGUCCCGCUAUAGCAAUGCAGAAAACUCAGGCACUAAGUUUCCACAACUGGCUGCUAGCUAAGUGGGCAUGGAGACAAGGAUAGAGGCUGAGGAAACACUUCCAUCUUCUUCCAGUGGUGACUGACUGCACUGAGCACCUGCUGGGAGGAUAGAGCAGCCAAGAUGUGAGUGAAUGCAUAGACCUUCAGCUUCCUGGGGCAUGGGGGGCACUGAAUAAAUGAAUUGA